UCCCACUUGGGCAGACGAUCUACGUACCUAUUUGCUCACUUAGGCGCAGGUUAGGCUGAUGUGCUAAUCGAAAUCAAACUUCCGUUUGAAUUCUAUUUUUUCCGGUAUGAAACUUGCAUGUCUUUUAAAACAGAGAAAGUCUCAGAAACUAUUGUUUUGUAAUACCCCUUGUUGCUUUGCCUUUCAAUUUUAUAUUUGCUACUAUCCAGUUAUGCUGUCCAACAUCAGCUAUCAGUUUCUUACUUUUUUUUGAGGGAGUUUAGCCUCGUGUUGCUUAUAAGCUGUGGCCUAUAUGAAAAGUUAUUACUAAUCCUUCCACGGUUUAAAGCGAUGUGUCAAACUUCCUGUUUUUUAUGAUUGUUUUAUAACUGUUUUUUGUUUUAUGAUAGUCAAGAUAAAACUCGAAAUAUAAAUCAGAAAUACACCUGCUUCUUGAAAAUAUUUUCAUUACAAAGGAAACUACACCAAAGUCUCUUUUUAAAUCAUUUAUUAACCCGUUUUCUUUUCAAGUUAAGUGCCAUGAAUCUACCCUAGAUAUACAGCAUUGUCACCUGUGAGGGAUGUCAUAAUCGGAUCAAGCCUAUCAAAGAGCAAGCAAAUAGAACACAUGUGAGCAUUUCUGGAAUGGACAGUUACGAAAAACUAAAUUCAACGUUGGCAAACGAUACAAGAAUCUUUUUAUGUUAUGAAGUGGUUACCGACGCCAUCAAUGGCCCAAAGAUGUUGGAUAGAAUUAUUUUAAUAUCUCUUUAUGGUGUCACGACUUGUCUUAUUGUUGUCUUGAACGCCUAUGUAUACAGCAGAUUUAAAAAGGAAGAAAAAACACGCAUUAAUGUGCAGUUUGUGGUUUUAACUGUGUCUAAUCUCUUGAAUGGUAUGCUAUCCUUGCCUAUUGUGAUGCUAAAGUUUAUCAACUUCGGUGAUAACUUCAAUUGCAAAAUACGAGUAGCGGUGCAAUUUUGUUAUCUCUUUCCCAUGAUAUACUCUUGGUUCAUAACUGUUGGAAUAUCCAUCGAUAGAUUGGUCGUUCUAACAAUUUCCAGAUUGAGUGGAGAUUUAAUAAACCGACUUAAUAUACUAUAUCGUGUUAUAUGUUUUAUUUUCUGUUUAAUUAUUUCCAUGGGAGCAGCUCAUCAAUACUGGCUAGUCAGCUCGAAUGCAAUGACUUUUAAAGAAGCAGAUGUUGGAAAUCCAAUGCAAGUUGGUUUAUCUCAAAUAAUCAUAGAAGCUUGUGUUGUUUUUCUCCCCUGUAUCAUACAAAUGAUGCUAGUUGGCAUUGUCAACAGAAAAGAAUCUGUUAUGCUAGAAGGAGGAGAAAACGUAAACAGUCACAACAGAAAGAUAAUUAACACUAUAAGUUUGUUGAUUUUAUUCAAUGUCCUCACUACAGUUCCACGAAUGAUUACUCAGGCAAUGCAGACGUACCACCCAGUGAUCAUGGACACACGAAAACGAUCUGGAUAUUAUUGGAUAAACAUUGGCGUGUUAUGUUUACAUUUCAAUUCCUUGUUCAGUGCACUAAUUUUGCUACGAAGAACAUCCACAUUUAAAGUCAAUACACGCGGAUAACAAGCUUUAAACCGAUAAUGUCUGGAGUAAGAUUGCAAAAAGACAACAGUGAAACUUCAAAGUAACAUUUGCCACAAAUUAUUUCUUGCAUGGUAUUUUCGUUCCUUAUGUUUUUAAGUAUGCACAAGCUGACAAAGGUUUAAUUAUCAGCAUGUAUUAAACGAAUUUUACAAAUGCGACAUUUUAAUUCAAAAUACUUUCUCUGUCCUAUAAUAUGUAACUUGUGGUGUGCAGUUAUUUCUGUGUAGGAAUUGGACGCUUUUUAUUAUUUUGGAGGAGAAAAAGAAACAUCGACAUGCUUUGUGGAAAUUUUUUUUAUUCCCAGACAUUUCUUAGAGAUUUUUUCGCCCUUUAGGUUUCUCUGGAAUGAAAUGCUUAGAUAAACCAAUUAUU